AUGGCUCCAAUCGAUAGUGAUUCUUCCGAUGACGAUGGCGACUACUCGAAAACGAACGUUCUCCUCGGCUAUGCCAGCACAGAUCCCACCGACGAUGAUAUCAGCCAUAUUGGUGGCUAUCCUACUUGGCUGGAUGCCCAACAUCCUCCUCCAGCGACACUUGCGAAAUGCAAGGUCUGCAAUGGCUAUCUGUCACUCCUGUUACAACUGAACGCAGAUCUUCAGCAAUAUUUCCCCCGCGACGAGCGCCGCUUACACAUAUUCUGCUGCAGAAAGCGGACAUGCUCGAAGAAGAUAGGUAGCGUGAGAGCUUUUCGAGAAGUCAAGAAGGGCGAGGUGAAGGAGAACAACCAGAAGCAAGCGCCUCUACCACAGCCUCAACCGUCGCAGCCAGCUCUUGGAAAUGCUCUGUUUGGUGGUUCGGCAGCAUCCCCAUCAAAGACAGCCACCAACCCGUUCUCAAUGUCCGGGCCUUCGCAGCCUCCAGCAAAUCCUUUCUCGUCUAUAGGCUCUCCUUCAACACUUGCCGCGAAACCUCCGCAACCUCCUGUCAACAGUCCACAGCCUCCUAUCGAGACAUUCGCAGACAAACUCAAGAUCUCGGGGGAUUCAAACCCUCCGCAGACUAACAAAGAUAAAGACCCUGUUGAGCCGUGGCCUGAGCAUGCCGAACUCCCGUCUCCUUUUCCCUCGUUUUAUCUAGAUGCAUGGCCCGAAGAACUGGAAAAAGAGCAAGAGGUGGUCCCGGCCGCGGAGGCCUCAAAGGCGCAAUACGACCUGGAUGACAGCGCGAAUGGUGGAGCUUCUGAAAAGGACGCGUUUGAAUCUAGCAUGGAUAAAACGUUCCAAAAGUUCUCGGAUCGAAUAUCUCAAAACCCACAACAAGUCCUUCGAUAUGAGUACAAAGGGGAUCCUCUACUUUAUUCCGGCGCAGAUAACGUCUCUUCGAGGUUUGUGGUACCACAUGGCAAGUCUGGCGCAGUCAGAGGAAUGCCCAGGUGCGAGAGUUGCGGUGCACAAAGAGUGUUCGAGUUACAGCUUGUGCCUGGGUUAAUAUACGAGCUUGAAAAGGAUGAAGUUAUGGAUUUAGACGACGGAAUGGAAUGGGGGACUGUGAUUGUCGGGACCUGUGUAAACAACUGCGGCGUGCCCGGAGAGAUAACUUUCCGUGAGGAAUGGGUCGGUGUUCAGUGGGAGGAGAGGGUUGUUAAGAAGUGA